AUCUAUUAGUGCGCGAAAUUAGCCUGGACUUUGACCUUGAAUACCAUGCUGGAAGCCUUGAUUCUGACCUUCGUCGCCACUCUUGCUACCUGGUUCAUUAUACAACGAAAGAGACGUCUGUCGUUCUUCAAAGAUCUGGGCAUCCCAGGACCUCCUCCAAGCUUUCUUUCCGGAAACCUAUCUGAACUUGUAGAAAAGGGAGCGCUAAUGGCAUUCAAGCACUGGUUAGACAAAUACGGAGACAUCGUCGGAUUCUACAAUGGGGCUCACCCAUUCCUUAUCGUCAAAGACACAGAGCUAGUCAAGAAGAUACAGAUAAAAGACUUCAACAAUUUUCACAGUAGAGGACUCUCAUCAAGCUUCGCUCGGAACCACCCGAUCAACAAGCAUAGCAUGGUCAAUUCGGAGGGUGCCCGCUGGAAGGAAAUGCGCAGUCUCGUUUCGCCAGCCUUUACGACGAGAAACAUGAAGAAGAUGUGGACCCUAAUGGAUGACAGCACCAAUGAUCUUCUCGGUGUAAUCGAAGACAUGCGGUCGAAGCAUAAAUCCCUCGAGUUUCGGGAGCUCUUCCAGAGGCUAACAGCUGAAGUCAUGAUUCGAUCAGCGUUUGGCCUCAAAUCGAAUCUACAGAAGAAAGACCGAAGAAACAGCAUUGCAGAGUCACUGUUUCAGGAGGGCUUGAAGUCUUUUCAAGAAUUUCGUCGUGCAUGGAUAAACUUUCUUACCGCGUGCUUUCCCGAGUUUCUUUUGUGGAGAGUGAUCAUAACAUACCGCUCUCGGCAUAACAAGACUGCCACAGACAAGACUUUUGACGAAAUCAUUCCUAUCAUACAGUUCCGUCGUGAAAACCCUGAGAAAGAUAGGACCGAUCUUCUCCAACUGAUGCUCAAUGCCGAAUUAGAGGAUGAAAUUCCAGUCAACUUACACUCACUCACGGCGUCCUGCGAUGUUGACAGCGCAUCUGAAGAGAAACAGCCUGUUAAAAUGGUAAACGUUACCGGAAAGAAACGAUGUUUGACAAAUGUUGAAAUUCUGGCGAACGGCUUCAGUCUCUUCAUGGCAGGGUUCGAGACGACGGGCACAAGUUUGGCUUUCAUGGCCUAUCUUCUUGCAAAGCACCAGGAUGUUCAAGAUCGACUUCGAGAAGAAAUCCUUGCUGUCCUGAAUAGAGACGGGGAGUUUAUGUACGACAACGUCUUCGGUAUAAAAUACAUGGACCAAGUAAUAUCUGAAUCACUUCGCUGCUUCUCGCCAGUAACAGGUUUCACGACAAGAAGGUGCGCUCGGGACUACAUCCACAACGGUAUCACUAUACCUGCUGGAACAAGCAUCGUUAUUGCCAACCAUCACAUGAGCCACAACCCAGCCUUUUGGAACGAACCCGAAAACUUUGAUCCUGAAAGAUUCAGCCCGGAAAACAAAUGCCAGUUAGAUCCCGUGGUGUACCAGCCUUUUGGUCAAGGCCCUCGGAACUGCGUUGGAAUGCGCUUCGCACAGCUCGAGAUGAGGCUAGCCAUGGCCAAGCUACUGGCAAAAUACAAGCUUAUUCUGGAUGACCGUCACAUUAAGGAGAAACAUUUGGAGAUCGAAUCGACAUUCAUCUUGGCGUACCCCAAGAACGGCAUAUGGCUCAAAGCUAAAAAAAUUUCAUAAUGAGAUCAACAUUUUUCAUGGACACAGGAAAUCGUUGAACACUGAAAAUUCUUAUCACAGUUGUGCACUCUACGAAACAUAUCUAAAA